GAUUUUUUGUUAUUUAAUUUAGAUUUGAUGCACCAGUGUAUCAAUCGACUCUAGGGGAUUCUUACAUGCGGGACUUUUAAUUUGAACAUUUCCGACAUUCCCCGGACACGGAAGUACUUUUUUUUAGUGUUGCUGACGAGACGCUGAUAUAGUAUAGUAUUUCUGAACUGGAGCUAGUGUGCAUAGCCAGCAAAUAAGUUUUGAAAGGGAUAACAGUAGCUACUGUUUUUGAAACCAUCUAAAAUAUAUGUGCCACGGAAGUAGGUAUUGUAAAUGCACAACUACAGCGCAUUUCUUGAUAAUUUCAUACUUUCAGCCAGCUAACGUAGCUAUGCGUCAUAGUACAGGUAAACUGGCUAGCUAACUAAUCUGUCUAGCUUGGUAAAGUUAGUCUUAGAUAACGUUAGCUAUCUAAAUUAGUAUGUCAGCUGUAGCGUUAAUUAGACAAGCACAUAUGUAGCCAACCAUAUUUGAUGUUAACUGGCUUCUUCGUAAAGGUUAGUAGCUAGUUAUGUAACGUUAUUUAGUUAGCAAUAUGUUCGGUCAUCAACAACGCCUCCAACAGCAGCAACGUAUUUAGCAGUUUCCACAACAUCUCCAACAACGCCAGCAGCUACAAACAACCCAACUCAUGCCAUCCCAACUUCCACACCAGCACCAAAUGAACCGACCACCACCACCUAGUAUGAUCUACCUCUGCCCAGUUCCUCGGGCCUCUCUCCUUGCCACCAACCCCAUGCUGCAAGGGGCACUGCUCAUGCAACAUCCGAUGCGAGGUAACAUGCGAGGCUUGGCCAUGGGUAGUGGGCUACCCUUUACUUCAUUUUUGUCUGAGGGGACAAGGCAAUCUCUCCUUGGACCGGCUCCUAUUCCCCAAGUGGGAUUGUUCGCAUCAGGACCCAAUCAUUCCUUAACACACUUUUUAAACAAGGACAUUUGUGUUAGGAAGAGGAAGAAGGAACAGACAGGAAGUGCUGGGGGCCAGCUGAGCUCCAGCAGUGCAGAGGGGCUAGGGGAGAGGGAUGAUAGGACUCCCAAUACAAAGAUGCAGGAAGCGGAAUCAGUUGGACAAUUCUUUGCAAAGCAACAGGAGCCUGAGAUGAAGAAGCAGAAGAUGAAUGGGUCAGAAGAGCCUGUGAAUAUAAAAAUUGGACAAGAGGCAGUCCAGAAGUCUGAUAAUGAAAUGUCAACAGAUGUACCUCAGCCUGUAGAUAUCUCUGCUCUCGAGUACAGAGGAGGAAGCACUUCCAUUCAAGUGGCGGAGGAAUGUUGCAAAGAAAGUAUAACAGCUGAACAUGUUCUGGGGGUAGGCACAUCCCUGAAAGUCACCAUCCAGCAGAGCAGCGAGAGCCGGGCGUUCAGCACAGGCCUAGAGGAGUUGGCUGCAGCAACAGCCACGGGGACCCCCUGUGGUGUAGGGGGACAGGGUGAGGACAGUGACAGAGGAGCUGCGACUGACAGCCACUACUGCUACAUCUGCAGCAACCCCUACCACAACCAGCAGAAUUUCCAGAACCAUAUGAACGGAUUGGAACAUCAACAGCGUAUGAUGGAGAUUCAGCAAGUGAGCAAUGCCUGUCUGGUCAAUCUAUUACCACGGGUCGGUGACUCUCUACAGGGUACACACAAAGCCGGGGGCAAAAAGCCAGCAGGGGUGCAGCGCUGGUGUGCAACCUGCCAAACACACUUUACCGGCGACCUCCUCGAGCACCGGAGGACCAAGGAGCACAAGCUAUCAAAGCAGUCCUCACGUCCCUUCUGCACUGUCUGCACUCGCCAGUUCAGGACGCCACGGAAGUUUGUGGAGCACAUGAAGUCCCGAGAACACAAGCGGAAUGUGGAGGAGCUCCAGGAGGAAGGAGAGCCAGAGGUCAUUGAUGAACUCAUCACUGUGGAUGCAGUGGGAUGUUUCGAGGGAGAAGAUGACUUUGAGGAGGAGACCCACGAGGAUGAGGAUAGCAGGGGUUCGCAGCCUUGUCAAAGAGCAGUCCCGCAAGAGCAUGUGGGGGACUACGAAGCGUUUGAUUCUGAAACACAAUACAGUUCAAGCUUUGUUGUCCCGGUGGCUGGUUUCCUCUGCAGACUGUGCCAUAAGUUCUUCUAUUUCGAGUCCACGGCCAGGCACUUUCACUGCAAGUCCCUCAUACACUUCCAGAACUUACAGAAGUACAAAGCCUUGAAGAAUCAAGAGCUCCGCUGCGGAGGACACGAGGACAUGCAGCCGAACAGUGGGGGACUCCCAUGACUUGAGAGAAUACAAAGUGGUUAUCCAUGUGAAAAAUGACUGUACAAAUGACUGCAACAUGGCUAGGGACAACACACAUCCCUGUGGUACCUCCUUUACCACAAUCAAGAUGCAUCCUGUUGUCUCUACUCAGGACAAGGCAGAGCAGGACAAUAUCUCCACUGCCACUCAGCAGGUCUCAGAACAGCUGAACUCAGACUCCGUAUUGCCAAAUACCUCCGUCGCUGUCCAUAGGCCGUGCUGCUGUGCCACCCAGCCUCCUUCUGGCUCAAGCUGUGGAUUGAAGAACAUGGUGAAGCCGUCUCCAUGCCAAAGCUGCCAAAGGUCCCAACCGAGACUCCAGGAGUAUGGGCAUGAUGUGACUGGAUAAAAAUGCUCCUGCAGAGGUGGAUGUGCUCUUGCUUUGCAUGCAGGGCAACAGGAAACAAACAUGAGCAUACCUCAAACUGCAAGCGAGCCACUACGAGGCAGCCUCUUGGAAAGAGAGCAUUUUGAGCAGGGGAGCUCCACGCUGUUGAUGCCACAUAUACUCGAACUGGACGAGGACAGAGAACUAGUCAACAGAGAGAAAGUGGAACUAAAGGAGUCAGCUGGGAUGAAGCCAGGAAAGUCAAGGACCACAUCGAAAAGAAUGGCCUCCAAAAUGAAAUCCACAAGGACAACCCACACAACCUGAGAGCAGGGUUGUGUUCUACUGAACACGACCCAACAGAACGCAGGAAAUUAACACAAACUAAGCCUGACAAGUCGUUAAUGAUGAUUGAUAAUGAUAAUGAUGGGAUAUCUACACAUUUGGUGUGUGUGCGAAUUUGAAGUCGCCCAAGAUAAGAUUUCACAGACAAAUCCUGUUUGGUUACAGUAAAGUAGGCCUAGUUUAGUUUGAAUGGAAUCAACAGUUUGUGUUACUAUUUUAUUAAGUGAUAGCAUUCACAGUAUUGCAAGGGAUCUCCUAUCACAGUGAGUGAGGCCAUAUUAUGUUUUCUUUAAAGAAAGUGUCCUUGGAUCAAUGAGCUCAAUCAAGUCUAUGUAUAUAUCGUUGUCUAUUGCCUCCUUUUCAGCUCUGAAAUAAUCACAGUCACAACAUGCAAUCUCAUUCAGGUCAAAACUAUUUGGCACUCUGGUACCACUUGCCAUGUGGUAGUAGAGAGAACAGUCUAUGACUGGGGUGGCUGGGGUCUUUGACAAUUUCUAGGGCCUUCCUCUGACACCGCCUGGUGUAGAGGUCCUGGAUGGCAGGCAGCUUAGCCCCAGUGAUGUACUGGGCCGUACGCACUACCCUCUGUAGUGCCUUUGCGGUCGGACGCCGAGCAAUUGCUAUACCAGGCAGCGACCAGGCACCGAUGCAACCAGGCACCGGGAUGCUCUCGAUGUUGCAGCUGUAGAACCUUUUGAGGAUCUGAGGACCCAAGCCAAAUCUUUUUAGUCUACUGAGGGGGAAUAGGCUUUGUCGUGCCCUCUGCACGACUGUCUUGGUGUGUUUGGACCAUUCUAGUUUCAAUUCCGACUUCAACUGUAUGGGCCACACCUGUUUCCAUCUAUUCUUAUUCUAGGAUUUGCAGUUUGCUGUAGCUUAUGCUUUGAGGUGAUCAACAUUAUUGAUGCUGGUUUGAGAGAGGGUGGAUUAAGUUAUUUUAAGCUAGGUAAUUAACUAAAUAUAUCAUCUGAUGCAUGUAUUUCAUCUUGUGACUUGCAUUACCAUGCUAGAGGACACACUUCGGCAAAUCAAUAUAGAGACCUUUCUGUGUUUGCAAACAUUUAUACACAAGGGCGAUCGGCGCAAGUUGGUGGCAGAACAAGGAGAUAUUUGGAUUUUAAGACUCGUAUGAAUGAAUGUCCUACUUAAUAUAACACUUUGCAAUCUU